CCACUCCAUUCGUCAUCUUCGUAUACACUCCAGCAGAACAUGCUUGACUCUUGGAAACCUGGCACUCAGUACUACGAUGGUUCGGUAGUCCUCUAUGAAGGUGUCCAGUACAAGAUCAUUCAGCCUCACCGAUCCCAGGGUGACUGGACUCCGCCCGCGACGCCUGCCCUAUGGGGACGCAUGGAAGGAGGCGGCGGUCACCGACGCCCCCAUCAUGAGACAUCUGGUCAAUGGAGCGAAGACUGCAAGUCUCAACCAUGUUCUCCAUCAUACGACCAACCUCAGCAGCAGCAACAAGUGGAAGGAUGCGGCGGCGACCGACGUCCCCAUCAUGAGACAUCUGGUCAAUGGAGCGAAGACCGCAAGUCUCAACCAUGCACUCCAUCACACGAACAACCUCAGCAGCAGCAACAGCAACCUUACCAAGCCCCCCAAGGCGGCUUCCAGCCCGCUCGUGAGGAGGGUCAGAAGCACUGGUACGACAUUGACGAUCGCAAGAAGGAAGAACUGAAGAUCGGAGGAGGCGUCCUGGCUGGUGUCGGUGCCCUUGCUGCUGGCGUUUACGCCUACAACAAUCAUGGCAAGAAUCAAGAGGAGAAAAAGGCACAUGUCUGGUCGCAGAACAACUGGCUUCGAGAUGCGGAGCAACGCACCAAGGCUUUCCGAAGCGGAAAUUACCCCGGUCCAGUAGCAUGGGUUCUCAAUGAGGGCAAGAGCAUCCCACGUGAUGCUAUCGAAGGUGGAUUUGAGCGCGGCGCGCCUUUGUACAUUUGUCGUGCUUACCACGAGGGUGGUCUCAUGAUCGGAAAGGCGUGCUCUGUCUUCAAGAAAGGGGCUGUAAUUGGCUACAAGAAGGAGGAGAUCCAUCUUGAUAGAUACGAAAUUCUUGUCGGGGAUUCCCGAGCCGUGCGAUGGGUCAACUUUUCCGGCCAAUUCAACGUAGCAGCUCUCAAUGGAGUUCGACUUGUUGAAGGUGGCCGUGAGCCUGGAGGUGCUCUUCAGUACAUCGCCCAAGCUCCUUACAAUGGAGCCGUGCACCCGGGGAAGGCUUGCGAGGAGUUCGACUGUUGCCUCAUCCCUUAUGACUCCACAGAGAAGAAGGUCAAGGCGAGUACACAUGCUAGCCACGUUGGCAGGAUCUUAGGCUGA